UCAAUUGCCGCAUGCCUGUAACGAUGGCGGCCGCCCUGAGAGGGAGCUUAGUAACAUUGGUCAAGAGCCUGAGCAGCCCCCGGUGGCAGCAGCUGGCCUCUCGACCACUGAGUGUGUCUGCUGCUCUCUGUGGCCCAGAAGCCCCGCCAGCUCGUGCAGAUGCUGUGUUCAAGGUCACAAUGGUGCCGGGGGAUGGAGUGGGACCUGAGCUGAUGACUGCUGUCAAGGAAGUGUUUAAGGCUGGAGAUGUCCCCGUCGAAUUUGAGGAGUUUCACCUGAGCGAGGUACAGAACAUGGCCAGUGAGGAGAAGCUGGAGCAAGUGUUAACCUCUAUGAAGAACAACAAAGUGGCCAUGAAAGGAAAGAUUCACACACCAAUGGAGUUUAAAGGGGAGCUGGCUUCAUAUGAGAUGAGACUGAGGCGUAAACUGGACCUGUUUGCUAAUGUGGUUCAUGUAAACAGCCUGCCGGGCUACAGCACUCGCCACAACAACCUGGAUCUGGUCAUCAUCCGCGAACAGACCGAGGGGGAGUACAGCUCCCUGGAGCACGAGAGUGUGACAGGUGUGAUCGAAUGCUUGAAGAUCAUCACCAGGGAGAAGUCACGGCGCAUUGCCAAGUUUGCUUUUGAUUACGCCACCAAGAAGGGACGAAGCAAGGUCACCGCUGUUCACAAGGCCAACAUCAUGAAAUUAGGUGAUGGCCUGUUUCUGCAGAGCUGUGCAGAGGUGGCACAACUGUACCCCAAAAUCAAAUAUGAGAACAUAAUCAUUGAUAACUGUUGCAUGCAGCUGGUCCAGAACCCAUACCAGUUUGAUGUGUUGGUGAUGCCCAACCUGUACGGUAACAUUAUUGAUAACCUGGCAGCAGGGCUGGUUGGAGGAGCAGGAGUUGUUCCUGGAGAGAGCUACAGUGCAGAGUAUGCUGUCUUUGAGACUGGUGCACGCCACCCGUUUGCACAAGCUGUAGGAAGGAACAUUGCCAACCCGACAGCCAUGCUGCUCAGUGCUUCUAACAUGCUCAAGCACCUCAACCUGGAAUAUCACUCCCAAAUGGUGUCAGAUGCUGUCAAGAGGGUCAUCAAACAGGGCAAAGUACGAACACGAGACCUUGGCGGUUACUCUACCACUGGCGACUUUGUGCGUGCUGUUGUGGAAAACCUGCGUCACGGACCUGUUUGCUAAGAUGUUUUGUCGCACUCCUCACUGACAUUUCCUUAAAUCUGGACUUUGUUCUUAACAUGAACUGGAGGCGUGUUAAGACUCACCUCCCCUCUCAUUGCUUAAAGACACAGUUUUAGCCAACACCAUCAUCCAUAUUUAUUUGGUUUAAACAGGAUCCGCUGAUGCACUCAGUGGAAUCAGUGGUGCCUUGUGUUGUAUUUGAUUUAAAAUUGUGCAUUCCUCUCAUGAACAUUUACAUCAAACAUCUGUGUCAUCCUUACAUCUUUCCUCAGAGUUGCUGUCCAUGUGUUUGCAUCCAUUUACCUUUGCAGUUUCUACUUUGCUGAUUAAGAUAAUCUUUUCAUUCAUUCAGGGAGACCUUUUGUCUGCCUGUUUUCUCUUGUUAUCACAAAUAUUGUUAGAAACUGUAAAGCCACCAGACUGCCUUAAUCAACAGAAUAUUCUUCUUCUUUACCUCAAAGCUCACCACCAACUCAUUGUUGCUGUCAUUUUCCGAUAGCCUCUCAUAACUAAACAUCUAAGCAUUGACUGCUACUGUAACUCAGAAUACAGUAUGAUAACACUGUUACAUCAUGAUCCGAUAAUACCGUAUAAUAUCUGACCUACAUGUCUUAAUAUUUUAAAUAAAACUUUGUUCUGUCAUUGCAGUGCUGUAAAC